CAGCGCGAGAAAAAGACAGGUAGAGAGAGAAAGAAAGAAAAAAAAAAAAAAAAAAGAGAUUUGAUUUUGUAGUUUGCAUUAGGGCAUGAUAAAGAUGGUUUUGCUCGGAUUCUUAAGGGAUGGAGAUUACAAUAAUAAAAUAAGUUUUCAUUAUUAUUUUGUGUUGUUACAAUACAAAAGAAAUUAAUAUAUAUAUAUAUAUAUAUAUAUGAUGACACCAUCCCUAUAAAUAAAUAUCACUUUACAAGAAGAAAGGUAUUUAAAUUCGAAUUUUAUUUAUAUAAAUAAUUUGUGAUUGGAUAUUUGAGUGUAAGAAAGGGAAGAGAAAAUGGGAAGGGGAAGAGUGGAGUUGAAGAGAAUUGAAAACAAGAUCAACAGACAAGUUACCUUCGCUAAACGAAGAAACGGGCUUUUGAAAAAAGCUUAUGAACUUUCCGUUCUUUGCGAUGCUGAAGUUGCUCUCAUCAUCUUCUCCAAUAGAGGAAAAUUGUACGAGUUUUGCAGCAGUUCAAGCAUGCUCAAAACGCUAGAGAGGUACCAGAAAUGCAACUAUGGUGCACCUGAGACUAAUGUGUCUACACGAGAAGCCUUGGAGCUAAGCAGUCAACAGGAAUAUUUGAAGCUGAAGGCACGUUAUGAAGCAUUACAACGGUCCCAGAGGAACCUUAUGGGAGAAGAUCUUGGGCCUCUGAGCAGCAAAGAGCUGGAGUCGCUUGAAAGGCAGCUAGAUACGUCCUUGCAGCAAAUAAGAUCAACAAGGACACAAUUCAUGCUGGAUCAGCUCUCUGAUCUUCAACGCAAGGAACAUAUGCUAAGCGAGGCUAACAGGUCUCUUAGACAAAGGCAGUUGGAACGGUAUCAAUUAAAUCAACUCCAAAUGAAUCAUUGUGUUGAAGAGAUGGGCUAUGGUCGACAUCCAAGUCAAACUCAUGGUGAUGGCCUCUUUCAACAAAUGGAGUGUGAACCAACGUUACAAAUUGGUUAUCAGGCUGAUCCAGGGUCAGUGGUGGCGGCAGGGCCAAGCAUGAGUAAUUACAUGGCAGGAUGGUUACCAUAAAGAUCCACUCCACCACCACCACCAAAUUUGUAGUUCCAAUUUUAUUUGAAAAUGGACAAAAAAUCAAUUUCCUUUGACAUGUAAUGGACUAGUAAGUGUCUACUAUGUAGGAACAAUGUAAUAAAACUGCACUUGUUUCCUUCUGUCAACUCUUUUCUUCCCUUUCAGAUUAGAUUAAUCCUAAUAAUAAUAGUUGUUUGCAUUAUUA